CGAAUGUUUUCCUCCAGGACAGUCUUCAGCUGCUCAGGCAAUGUGGCAAGCUUCUCUCUUGGUGGCUUUUCUUAUUGUCAAUUUUCUACCAAGAUUUGCUGUCAAGUUGUUGAAUCAGGCUUUCUCUUCCAGGUUUUCAUGAUGCAGAAAUGGAGAUAGGAAGAGGAAUUAGUACUCCUUUCUCACUUUGAUAAAGAAAGAUAGACAGCAUUUCCGCUAUUGAUCGCACCAUUAGAAGUCAAGACUGCGGUAAGGCAUACUCUGGUUAGUUGAAUACAAGUUCCGGCUAAAUUGAUGAGUUCAUUACAAAAAUACGUUGUAAAACAGUACAAGAAUCUACUCUAUAUACUAAAAGUAAACAGAACCUAGUCAACACUCAACUCAAAAUAUGAAGAAAACUAACUUUCGACUAAACGACAUAUGCUGUUCUCAUAUGUUCAUCAUCGAAGCUGGCUCUUAGCAAGUGUAGAUGGAAUGGAGAUUGGCCAAAGUGGAAGUUCGACUAGAUAAGGUGGGAGGGAGACAGGUUCAGGUAUAAGAUCCACUAGGUCAGAAUGCAUGUCGAUGAAAAACCGACGGGGUGAUGACAAUGGACCAAGUGGUUCCAUCUUCUUAGUCUGUAGGUUGCACGACCAUAUCGAUCCUUCCCCAUUAGGAGUGCCCCCAUCGAGACUCCAGAUAUGAAAUUCACCUCUCUAUAAUCCACUGCAAACUCCCACGAGACAAACCCAAUAAAAGAAAUCCCUUUUAGUUUCGGCUGCCGUGGUACAGUAAAAUCUAUCAUAGUUCCAUCCUCUUCCACAUUCCAGACGAGGGAAAGGUAAACUAUGAUUGGUACGACGAUCUUGGUCAAGCAGUCGGAACCAUGACGAGAAGAAAGAUCAUAUCUGGGCAAUGUCUUCGUGAUAACGGCAGUCUAGAGAUAUACGGGGAAACGAAGGAUCGGAGAUGAAAGAAAGCCAUUGUUUGGACACGCAGUUGAACCUAAACACAUCCUCAACCGGAAGUCUGCAUAACAAUUUAAAUAAAAACCACUCAAUCAUAACACAAUCACUGUCUAUAAUAAAGAGCAGAACACCCAGAAUCAGUUCUCAACUUGAACUCAAUAUUUUUAGGUGUUUAGUUAUCUGUGUUAUAAGAGUUCAACUACAAUACGAUAUAUUUGAGUUCCUAUACAAUACUAACUUACUAGUACAACAAAAGUUAGUUUUACACCAUUGAGAUCAUUGUAAAAAUUGUGAAAUCGUUGUGAUGCCAACAUUGAUUUUUUUUUUUUUUUUUAAAAAAGAAAAUUGGCGGUAGUGCUCUCUCAUCAUGAGCUUUUUCAUUUUUCUUUGUUCUCUGAAAGCUGAAAAUUUAGAACAAAUACAAUCACUACAGAAGUGCAAAAAUGAUGCCUCAAUCGUAGAAGCUUAGGAGGAAUAUAAAUGUUCUCCUGUCAGUGAAAAUGAGGCAGAAGAAUCGGUUCAAAAAUAUUUCAGUCCGAGGCCGUCUUCAUCAGCUCAGUCCACGUGGUAAGCUUCUCUCUUGGCUUGUUCUUCAACCAUCCUUGUCUUUUCUCUUCAUUGUCAAUCUUCUCCCAAGAUUCAAACGGAACGUAUCUGAUGUUUUUACUGUCUAGUAACUGAAGCAGGCCUUCUCUUCCAGGUUUUCGUGUAGAAAUGGAGAGAGGAGUUAACACUCCUUUCUCGAUAUCCUCAGAUAUACUGUUUACUGUACCUUCAGCACAGUAGAGAUUGGUGGCAAUGAUCCCUGUUGGACCCCUCUUCAACCAUCCACAAACAUACAACCCCUUCUCGAACUGCUGCAAUCCAUCAGCAGCUGAGGCAUCAUCACUUGUAACGCGGCCUUCAAUAUUUGGCACCACGCCUCUGUUGUGAUCAAAGGGUAAUCCAUCUACAGGUACAGAUUUAUACCCAAUGCUCUUCAGUACCAAACCAGAUUGUAUCUCCUCGAAAUCUCCUGUACCAAUCGCAACCUGCUUCCCUCCAUUUUCUCUCACAACAGUCUUCUCUAAUCGAACACCAGCAACACAACCGCUCCUGGUAUCUGAUUCUAGGAAUCUGUCAGGUUUCCGAAAGAAAACAAAGUUAAGCUGUCGUUCAGCUGAACUAGUGGAGGCUCCUGAUGAAGCUGCUUUAGAAAGCAACUCAUAAAUCCUUCUAUGGAUCCGAUUAUUCCUCAGUUCUUCCUCAUCGGCAGGGGUUUUUGCAAGGUCGGCUUCAUUGAUGUUAACAGAUAAACCUUUGGUACCAAGAAGCUCUCGUAAUUCUUUCGCAGUACAGGCUGCUUGCACAGGCCCUCUUCUUCCAACCAAGUAAACUUUUCUUACACAAGACUCUUCAAGCGCAGCCACAGCAUGGCUUGCAAUGUCAGUCGAUGCUAAUUCAGCUGUCGGGCGCAACAGAAUUCGCGCGACGUCGAGAGCUACAUUUCCCUGACCUAGAACAACAGCAGUAUCAUUGCUCUUCAAGUCAGGAUCCAGCUGGCUGUAAUCUGGAUGUCCAUUAUACCACCAGACAAACUCUCUGGCAGAGUAAAUACCCUUCAGGUCUUCUCCAGGUACACCAAGAACCCUGUCACUUUCAGCACCAUAGGCAAGCACAACCACAUCAUAGAAAUCACGGAGCUCCGACAAAGAUACCGAAGAUCCAAGAGCUACAUUCCCAAAGAACGAACACCGAUCAUUUUGCACAACCCGAGAAAAUUGAUUCAUCACGAUCUUCGUUUCCGGAUGAUCAGGAGCCACACCGGAUCGGACAAGCCCGAACGGCGUCGGCAAUCGGUCAAUUAUGUCAACUCGAGCUUCCUCAUGCUUCUUCAGAAUCUUUUCUGCGGUGUAGAAGCCAGCCGGACCGCUUCCGACGACGCAGACGGAGAAUGGAUUGUUAUUAGAGGAAAUCGUUGAAAUGCGCCGGGAAAACUGUUUCAUCGCCAUGGAAACAUUCGCCAUUUUCCUCCCCGGUUGAAAUUUGAUAUUCAGAAAAGCUAAUUUUGUGAUAACUGGGAGAAUCGGAUGGGAAAAUGGGCGGAGAAUCAUAAACCCUAAACCCCCAGAGAAUGACAAUUUUGGGAUUUUUCAGUCUUUUUAGCGUUUGGCGUAAAUCUUAAUAAAGUAGUGGGGAGUUUUCUAAAUACUUGAAAAUUUAAGGACUACAAAGCAAAACCGCCGUCUAUUAUUCCGGUCUUCCUUCUCCGUGGGUGCAGAAAUGACUGGAAUGAAUCAAAAACUCAAAUAGUGAUUAAAGAGACGAAGAAGAGAAAUAGAGAGAAUUGAAGAUGGCGGUGAGACAGAGAGUGGCGGCGAAGCUGCCGACUUUAAUGCGAGCUCUGAAAAACGAGUCGUUAACGAAACCAAACAUCAAUCAUGCUGCUGGUAGGGGAAUGGGGAUUGGGGCUGCCCAGCCGCGAUUGCCUUCUCUGAGACGAGCGUUUUCUCUCUACGAUCAAAUCAAUCUCAUCGAUAAUGUCCCCGAGGAUCAAUUGCGCUUUCAAAAGUUUUCUGAUUCAGGGUUUACUGUAAAUGGGGUUGAUUACGAAGGUAGCCUGCUUUGUGUUGGAAAUUUGUUGAUGUCCUGGAGUCCUAAAAGAUUCUCAGAGGUCAAUGCUGAGAGUUUAUCUCUCUUCCAAACAAUGAGACCAAUACCAGAAAUUUUAAUUUUGGGUUGUGGGAAGCAUAUUCAACCUGUUAGCCCUGGCCUCCGACAAUUUAUCCGCUCUACUGGCAUGAAACUAGAAGCAGUUGACUCGAGGAAUGCUAUCUCAACAUAUAACAUUUUAAAUGAAGAGGGCAGGAUUGUGGCUGCUGCGCUUCUCCCUUUUGGAGUAGAAGAUUAGGACUGCAUGUAUUCAAUUUUCGUACUUAGUUUCAACAACUAAGGGUCUUUGAUAUGUAAAUGUAAGAUUAUGGUACUUUCUUCUAGCCCCUAUUUGUCUUUCUAAUAAUACUUGUAAUUUGAAGUCGCGUGACGUAUCCCCAUAUUUAAAGUUUCAAACAAACAUUCCAUAAAGUACUUCUUUCAAUACUACAGUAUGAAUGACAUCUUUAUCAACC